UAGGGACUUUGGGGGGGACUAGGACAGGCAUGGGAACAGGAUAAUUUUUCAUCUGCGCUGCGCCUUGCCGUUUUCUUUAACGUUUGGAGAAAAUCCUACUUUCUGUGCAACAUGUAUUGGAUUGGCGUGGAAAGUUGAACAUGCUCACAACAUUUCCUCACUGACGAGCACAGAUAUUUCAGAAUGUGUGCUACAAAGAUCUUGCAGCAGAAAUCGUGUUAGUUCCAUCAUUACAGUGAAAGUGGCACCGUACAGCAAAACGUGUCGCGUGGCAAACGCUGGUGGUCUCGAGGUGGGAAACCACGGAAAAGUCCGAACGCUGAAAGCAUGGAUGAAAACAUCGACGAUAACGACACCGCAAGUAGUUCGACGCCUAUGACCAACGAGUCAUCCGAUUCUCUAGAUGGCCUAAGUUACUCGUGGGAUCCAUACGCCCAUGAGCAUGAAAUACCAUCGCCCCAAUGCUUGCUCAGGACAAAGCGGGAUAUUGUUGACAUCCAUGCAGAACCACCUCCUGGUGUAAUCAUUGUCCCAGAUGAAAAAAACAUUACCAGGAUUCAUGCUCUAGUCACUGGCCCUUUUGAAACCCCGUAUGAAGGUGGUUUCUUCUACUUCCUACUGCAGUGUCCUCCUGACUACCCGAUUCAGCCACCACGAGUGCGGCUCAUGACCACUGGCUAUGGAAGCGUCCGCUUCAAUCCCAAUCUUUACCGUAAUGGCAAGGUGUGCUUAAGCAUCCUGGGUACGUGGGCAGGCCCUGCUUGGAGUCCGGCACAAAGCCUUGCCAGUGUACUCAUCUCCAUCCAGUCACUGAUGAAUGAUCGCCCGUACCACAACGAGCCAGGAUAUGAGAAGGAAAAGAGUCCCGGCGAUGCGGACCGCUACAACGAGAUUAUUCGCCAUGAAACGAUUCGUGUGGCCGUAUGUGACAUGGUAGAGUCGUGUCUUACCGACGUGUUUGGACCCCCUGCGCUCAGGGAAACCAUUGAAAAAGCAUUUCCAGACUACUUUGAGUACUACGAGACAGUGGUGAAGAACAAGCUCCACUUAUCAGGCUUGGCCAUGUGUGACCCCUUUGGGGAGCAUCGAGGCGUGUUCCAGUACUCAACACUCCUCACGAGGCUUCGCACUCUGAGGGAUCGUCUCAAAGAAAAGACACUGAAGUGCGCAAGCUCUUGAAUUUGUACAGUUCGAUGCCUCCGUUCUUUGCUUGGUGGUUCGCUUAAGAGGACUUGGGAAAAGGACAAGAGCUACGUGUGUGUACAAACAUGGUGCUUGGUAGUCUCGACAAAGGAAUUGGAGCUGCUGCUAAAAGUAUUAGCAGAGAACAUGCCAACGUUUCAUUUUAAUCCUAAGGCGCUACGGCAAGUCGCAGACUGUGGAAUUGUACAGCGAUAUUUCUUUUCACCUUAAACGGCAGCUUGACAUGUUUCUUCAAAAUGUCAGUUUCUUGUACUGUGUGUUCUCAUCCAUUGAUUCUGGACAGCAUGACUCUUGCAAGGGCAGUUCAAGAGAAAAUAGCUGCAAUGAGCACAAGGUAUAGCCUUAGCUCUUUACAGCUAGAGGUUCCAACAGGCCUGCAUUGCUAUUCUUGUCAGUUUGAGGACCAUUUUACACCAUCUGUUGUGCAGGAGUGCUGCUGUCCACCAGUAGAGCUAAUUAAAGUAAUGAAGUGUAGAAAAUGAAGCAAGCAGUGAAGCAGUACAGCUAUGGAUCAGCAUGUGAAAACUUUGUAAAUUUAAUGUAACAGCAAGUAAACCUUUCAGCAACACACUGCUACAAUUUUUAUUUUCUCCAUCAAUAGUGCUGGUGUCCCGUGCGCAAAAUGAUUGAAAGUACGCUGUAGCAACGAUCAGCUUGUACUUAAACCAAGGAAAACCAGGAAUGUUCAUGGUGCAAUAUGUUUAUACCACAUAUGUGUAGCAGCGAAACAGAGUUGCAAAAAUCUGCUGCCACAAUAAACAUUUAAAAAUGUA